AGCAUGGACACCAGUAAGAAGACAGAACCCCCUUUAUCUGUAGAAAUGGUGCAACAAAGGGCCAAUCCUGAUCGCAGUCCUUCAGCAUCGAUUUAUGUUCCAGAGCAAGGUGGCUACAAAGAGAAAUUUGUAAAUGCUGUGGAAGAUAAGUAUAAAUGUGAAAAAUGUCACCUCAUCUUAUGCAAUCCUAAACAGACUGAAUGUGGACACAGAUUCUGUGAGACCUGCAUGAAUGCCUUGCUAAGUUCUUCUAGUCCAAAAUGUACAGCGUGUCAAGAAAGCAUAGUAAAAGAUAAGGUAUUUAAAGAUAAUUGUUGCAGGAGAGAACUACUUGCCCUUCAGAUAUACUGCAGAAAUGAAAACAAGGGCUGUAAAGAACAACUGUCUUUGGGUCAAUUACUGAUGCAUUUGAAAACUGAUUGUCAAUUUGAAGAACUCUCAUGUCCUCGUGCUGAUUGCAAAGAAAAAAUACUGAGAAAAGAUCUGCCAGACCAUGUAGAGAAGACCUGUAAAUACCGGGAGACAACCUGUAAAUACUGUAAAAGCCAAGUCCCAAUGAUUAUGUUGCAGAAACAUGAAGAUACAGACUGCCCGUGUGUCAUGGUUUCAUGUCCUCAUAAAUGUAGUGUUAAAACACUCAUGAGGAGCGAGUUGAAUGCACAUUUGUCAGAAUGUAUUAAUGCCCCAAGUACCUGUAGUUUUAAGCGUUAUGGCUGCACUUUUCAGGGAACAAACCAACAAAUUAAAGCACAUGAAGCCAGCUCAGCAGUGCAGCAUGUUAACUUAUUGAAAGAGUGGAGCAAUGCUCUAGAAAAUAAGGUGGCCUUGCUCCAGAAUGAAAGUUUGGAAAAGAACAAGAGUAUACAAACUUUACAUAAUCAGAUUUGUAGCUUUGAAAUAGAAAUUGAAAGACAGAAGGAAAUGCUGCGGAAUAAUGAAUCUAAAAUACUUCAUUUACAGCGAGUGAUAGACAGUCAAGCAGAGAAACUGAAAGAACUGGACAAAGAAAUCCGUCCCUUCCGACAGAACUGGGAGGAGGCUGACAGCAUGAAGAGCAGCGUAGAAUCCCUCCAGAACAGAGUGACUGAGCUGGAAAGUGUUGAUAAAACUGCAGGGCAAGGAGCUCGAAAUACAAGCCUGCUAGAGACACAGCUGAGCAGACAUGAUCAGAUGCUGAGUGUUCAUGAUAUUCGGCUGGCUGACAUGGACCUCCGAUUCCAAGUUUUAGAAACUGCCAGUUACAACGGAGUAUUAAUUUGGAAAAUUCGAGAUUAUAAACGUCGGAAGCAAGAGGCAGUCAUGGGGAAGACUCUGUCCUUGUACAGCCAACCCUUUUAUACUGGAUACUUUGGCUACAAGAUGUGUGCCAGAGUCUACCUUAAUGGAGAUGGCAUGGGAAAGGGGACGCACUUGUCACUGUUUUUUGUCAUAAUGCGUGGAGAAUAUGAUGCGUUGCUUCCUUGGCCAUUUAAACAGAAAGUGACCCUCAUGCUAAUGGAUCAGGGACCGUCUCGACGCCACUUAGGAGAUGCUUUCAAGCCAGAUCCAAACAGCAGCAGUUUCAAGAAGCCAACUGGAGAAAUGAACAUUGCAUCUGGCUGCCCAGUCUUUGUGGCUCAAACUGUUCUAGAGAAUGGAACGUAUAUUAAAGAUGAUACUAUUUUUAUUAAAGUCAUAGUGGAUACAUCUGAUCUACCAGACCCCUGACAUACAAUGGGGGAGGCGGAUUAAACAGAAGACAACUCCGUUUGGGGGUUUUAUAUCAGUUUGUCUUCAAUCAGAGGUCCUAAAGCUCACAGAACCACCUUGUGGAACAGACGGAAGAGUUUGAAGGCAUAACUGCAUAGGGUCCAAUUGCGAAAGUAGCAACACAUUAAGAAAUCAUACCAUGGUAUAUUUUUUAAUAGAACUAGCAACACUUAAGCUCUGAAGAAU